GCGUAAUCGGGUAGGGGACGCGGAUCGGGUAAUCAUAGUGGAUGUUGAAUAGUGUGCGGAUUCGGGAUGGUACUCGUCAAAGAAUAUCAUUUGGUGUUGCCCUGUUCGGUAGAAGAGUACCAGGUUGGCCAGUUGUACUCAGUUGCAGAGGCCAGUAAGAACAACACAGGAGGGGGAGAAGGUAUUGAAGUACUCCGAAAUGAACCGUAUGAAAAAGAAGGGGAGAAGGGCCAGUACACCCAUAAAAUCUAUCACAUACACAGCAAGGUGCCCAGCUUCAUUCAGAUGUUUGCCCCAGAGGGAGCCCUGGUCUUUCAUGAGAAAGCUUGGAAUGCAUAUCCCUAUUGCCGCACCAUUGUUACAAAUGAGUACAUGAAAGAUGACUUCUUCAUUAAAAUUGAGACUUGGCACAAACCUGAUCUGGAAACAACCGAUAAUCCUCAUAACCUCCCCUCAGAGGAAUGGGAAGAGACAGAGGUUGUGCCAAUUGAUAUUGCUGAUCGCUCACAGGUGGAUGAUGUGGACUAUAAAGCAGAGGAGGAUCCUGCUCUCUUUCACUCUGAGAAGACCGGGAGGGGGCCACUGGGUCCAGGAUGGAAGAAAGAGCUUCAUAACAGUAACUGUCCAUAUAUGACAGCGUACAAGCUGGUGACGGUUCAUUUCCGCUGGUGGGGUUUGCAGGGCCGUGUGGAGAACUUCAUUCAUAAACAGGAGAAGAGGCUCUUCACUAAUUUUCACAGGCAGCUGUUCUGUUGGCUGGAUCGCUGGGUGGACCUCAGCAUGGACGACAUCCGCAGGAUGGAGGAGGAGACACAACGGGAACUGGACCAGAUGCGUAGCCAGGGAUCGGUGAGAGGAAUGAAAGCAGGUGAAGACUAAAGUAAAAACAUGCAAGGGAUGGAAAGACAACUGGGGCUACUUUUUAUUUUACCACCUUGAGUCCUUACUUGGCCCUUCAGAAUGUGCCACUUAACCAAGCCCCACCGAAAACGUCAUGUUUUAUCCAGGAAGUACCCAUUAUCAUGUGCGAAAGUGUCUGUGUGUGUGUGAAUAUUUGUGGCAGUUGCAGUUUGACUCAUCAGACCUCAUUAUUUGCUGCCAAAUUUUUUUGACUUUACUUAAAAUGUGUUAAGUAAUGUCAACAUUUCUUUUUAUAAUUAAGUAUUAUAACUGUCUAAUGGUUUUUGACAUUUUUGCAACCAUCAGCUUUUUCACUGAGUGUGCCAGUGGGACCUUAAGGGCCCACCAAGUUUUACAAAACGGUUUGGGGACACAUUUUACUAAACAUGUAUUUCAGACAUAAACAACAAAGUGAUUUUCUUCUUAUUGCAAUUACAUUAAAGUCUGUUUCCAAAAUGUUCACUGGAAACAUAGCACACUACAAGAGAUGGACAUUUGUUAUAAAACAUUGAGCAUCAUUAAAACAAUGUUUUCAGAAUGCUCGUUUUCCUCGAAUGAAACUUGAAGCUAGAUGAUAAAGCUUCUGUUUGGUUUUAAUAUAUUUUUCUGCACUGAAGGCUUGAUUCAGUGUGCCUGUCCUAGUUGCAGGAUGAAAGGAACUGUGUGUAGGUGAGAAUCUUUUUAACUUGAGUGUGAGAUCCAAUAAGCCUUUCUCACUUUUGACUGACAUGUGGCAUGCCAUGACUCACCACUGGGCUAUGGUGACUCAGAACUUUUGGAGCCAUUUUACAGUAAUAUAACAACAAAAUAAAACAAGCUUAACUGAC